AUGAGUAGUAUUCUUCAGUACCCAGACACCAUGGAUGGGCCAGACCUUCAGGUAUGGAAUAAUGCUGCGUUCGACGAUGAUGAUUUUGAAUGCUCUGCCUCUACCAUUAAAGCUUCUUGGUCUACUCUGCAUUCAGAUUUGGUGAACCGUUCGUUUGAAUCAUUUGAAUCUGAUUACAGCAAAGAGAAUCUCAGUCCCCGGUUUAUGAAAACCCCUGUCACUGUCAAAUCUUCUGUGCCCAUUAAGCCGCUUCAGCCCAAUAGUGCCAUCUUAAACUCUCAUGCAAGGCCAUUGAAGUUUGAGCAUUUUUCGAAAGAAGGGCAAAAGGAGCGUGAUGAGAAGAAGAUUGAUUCGGAGAUUGAAGAGAUCGAGAUCGAGAUUAGUCGAUUAUCGUCAAGACUAGAAGCGCUUCGAAUUGAAAAGGCUGAACGAAACAAGAAGACGAUCGAGAGGCGAGGAAGAAUAAUUCCAGCCAAGUUCUUGGAGCCCAAACCGAGUGUUAAGAUCGAAGAAAGUACCAAACCGAAAUCGAAUCGCAGAGGUCUUAGUUUGGGUCCGUCGGAGAUUAUUUCCGGAGCCGGAUUCCGACGAUUGAGCAAAAUUGAAAUUACCCCUGUUCAGACAAUCCAGAAUCGCAGGAAAUCUUGCUUUUGGAAGCUUCAAGAUAUCGACGAAUUGAGGGUAACUAAGGAAAGAGGUAAGAGUUUAAGUCUCAGUCCUAAAUCUCGAAAAACCACAACCAAAACUCAACCUCCACCGAAACAAGCCGCUACGACUGUGGGUUCUAAAAGGGCGGUGAAGAAAGAAGAAGCUGUUAUUUCAUCGAUUCAACCUAAGAAGCUAUUCAAAGAGGGAGAAAAAUCGGUGGCCGCGAAAAAGCCCGUUAAGACGGGGAGAGUUGUGGCGAGCCGGUAUAAUCAGACGCCGGGGAAUGAUGGCCGGAAAAGGUCUCUACCUGAAGAUGACAAAGACGAAAGCAGGAGAAACGACAACAAGAAACGAAUGUCGUUCACCGGAAAACAACGUGGGGGAGGGAGAGAGUUGUGUAGGAGUCAAGGAACGGAGAACAGAACGAAGAAGAAGUGGGAAAUCCCACACGAAGUUGUUGUUUUUAAAGGCUUGGACGAGGAGGAGUGCCAGAAGUCACCAUUGCCUGAAACUCUGACUGCAGAUGUGCUUCCCAAGAUCAAAAUAUUCCGAUGUGUUAAAGAGAGCCCAAGAGACUCAGGUCCGGCGAAAAGGGUAGUUGAGUUGAUUGGGAAGAAAUCCUACUUUUGCUCCGAUGAUAAGAUUGAAGGACCAUCGUCGUUUUGUCAAGCUCUGAGUUUUGCUGAAGAGAAGAUGGUGUAGAGAAGAAAGAACAAAAAAUUAAAUAUAUAUAGAGAAAAGAGAAUUGCUGAAAUUUGGUGCACUCAACUGUAAACAUAACUCUUGUUAUGAUUGAGUUGAAUUUUAAUAGUUUCUUGUGUAAGUUCUUUUUUUUUUCGGAAUGCUUCGUUUUGUGUCUGGUUAAUAAAAGAAUGAAAAAUGUGUAUGAUAAAGAGUUUAUCUUUCUCAA